UUUUAAAGCCCCAUUUAUAGAGGUCAACAGCUAAGAAAAAUUUGAUUGAGGGUUUGAUUACCCUUUAAUAAUCUCAAAACAUGUUAAAACCCCCAAAAAUAAAAUUUUUAUACUUUUUUCCUUCCACCAUUUUUUUUUUCAUUAUUAUAAGCUAUUUUUCGGAUUAAUGUUUUAUCAUGCCUUGAUUUUCACAUUAAUAAACACAUAAAGCUAACAAAAAAGGUAAUUUUUAAGCUAAACUGCAUUUAUUUACUGUCUAAAUAGGUUGGACCAAUCAGAUGUCAGUGCGGCUCCUUUCGUCAGACGCAAUGGGCGUGUCUUACGUCCUCUUGCUCCGCCCUCGUCGGCAGCGGCUGAGCGGCUCUGAAGCAGUACUGGCGGACUGGGGCGGACCGGGGGGGCGGACCGGCCAGAGGAAACUUGACAGAAAACAAAAGCAGAGCUCCGCUGACCUCCUCAGAGCUGAGAGGUUGAACGUGAGGCUUCCCGCCGGUAGACCCGCUACCACCUACCGACACGGAGGCGUGUCCGCCAGCGGAGGAACGUCAGGGAAAAAGGUGGAAAAAAUCGCAGAAGUGACUAGUGGGCGGCCACAGGUAGGACUCGGUCCCAGGGACAAGCGCCGGCGGGUCAUGAGGGUUUCCGCGGCUGCCGGUCGGAGCGCCGCGUCGUAGCUGUGAACGAGGAGCCGCAGACGAAGCAGCAGCAGCCGCAGCAGCCCGGGAGAACGAGAGUCCCCGCCGCCCCGUCAGCGAGUCCAGCAGGAGGCGUGGAGGCAGCAUGUCCCGGAGGAAGCAGAGCAAACCCCGGCAGAUCAAACGUUCCCUUGGCGACCUCGACGGCGGUGAGGAGAACACAGCUGACACCAUGAGCUUAUCCGGAGAGGAGGGCGGAGCCUCCGACCUGGAAGACUCUGCCGAGGGCGACAGCUCCACCCCUCCGCCGUACACGCCGCUCUACAGCGAAGAAACGCGGACGCAGGAUUCAGGUGGAGGACCGGAUGAGGACGGCGACGGAGGGGAGGAGUCAGCUCCUACGCAUGGUGGCGGUGAAGAAGAUGAGAAGGUUGAUGAAGAGGAAGAGGAGCUGCAGUGGAAAGGCCCAGAUGACCUGAGGAUAAGCGACGAGGGGAGCAGUGUGGUGGCCGUGGGGGACCUUCAUCCAGACACGGUGUGGGGGCCGUACCUGGGCGUCAUCCAAUCAGAGGGCGGGACAGAAAACCAGGAGAUGCAGAACUCGAGUCUGACCGUGGUGUGUGAAAGUCCAGAUUGCUGGAUUAGCCGCCUCCCUCUGACAUCCGACCCCUCAGACGCCAACUGCACCAUCUACAGUCGGGGUGAGGAGCUGUUCUGCAAAGUGACUGCAGAGAUCGCAGAUGGUGAAAAACUUCUGGCCUCCCUGUCACCCCCUCAACGCUCUUCGUCGCCAUCAUCUUCAUCCUCCCAACUGGCUGCCGUGUCUCCGCCGCUAAGCCUCGUCACUCAGAAGCAGGUGAAGGAGGAGCCUCUGUACCCGGCAGCGUUGUGCUCCGACAUCCAGCUCCUCCCACAGCAGGCCGGCAUGGCGGCCAUCCUCGCCACAGCUGUCGUCAACAAGGACAUUUUCCCGUGCAAGGACUGUGGGAUCUGGUUCCGGAGUGAGAGGAACUUGCAGGCCCACCUCAUGUACUACUGCGCCAGCCGCCAGAAGCAGCCGGCUGCAGCCUCCUCCCCUCCGCAAGACAAACCCAAGGAGUCCUACCCCAACGAGCGCAUCUGCCCCUUCCCACAGUGCAACAAGAGCUGCCCCAGUGCCAGCUCUCUGGAAAUUCACAUGCGCACACACAGCGGUGAACGGCCAUUUGUCUGUCUCAUCUGUCUGUCCGCCUUCACCACAAAGGCCAACUGUGAGCGCCACCUGAAGGUCCAUACUGAUAUCCUGAAUGGAGUCUGUCACGGCUGUGGCUUUGUCUCCACCACGAGGGACAUCCUUUACAGCCACCUGGUCACCAGUCACAUGGUCUGCCAGCCUGGGUCUCGCAGUGAGGUCUACUCCCCAGGACCAGGUCUUCCUAAAUUACCCCUUUCCACUGGUCUGAGCCCGGGAGACUCUGGCGUGGUGCUAAAGUGUCAAGUUUGUGGCCACAACUCGGACUCUCCAGCCCACCUACAGCAGCAUGUGCGAACCCACCUAGAAGUCAGGGUUCCUGCUGAGAGGAGUCCCACUCCUCGCCAGAGCACUCCUUCAUCCUUCGACCACCCUCAGCCUUCUCCACAAGAACGAGAGCCACUGGCCUGCGUACCCAAACCAGAAUCCUCCAGUCCAGGUGCAAACGGCGGCUCAGCCACUCCUCGUGACUACAGCUCUCCGGAUUCCCACUCCACAGAGCUGAGGAUCAAAGAGGAGCCUCAGUCGGAACCCGAGACUGAAGAGCGUAGCGUAGAGGUCAAGGAGAACGGGGAGGAGGAGCAAGAGGCAAAAAGGAAGACCAAAAAUGAGCAAACUUGUUCCCCCUCCCUCCAGACUUCAAAUUCCCCAAAGAGUCCGUCCACCGCAAAUGUAAAGGCUGAACCAACUAGUCCCACCCCUGGUUCCAGUCCAGCCCACCUGGGAGGUUCUGGCUCAAUUGUUCCUGGAGGGGCGCUCUUCCUGCCUCAAUACAUGUUUAACCCUGAAGUGGCCAUCUUGCCUCAGGCUUCAGAGAUUUUAGCAAAAAUGUCUGAGAUGGUCCACAGUCGUCUGAAACAAGGCCAAGCGGUCGUUCAGAACAACCCCGGGGCCUUUUUCCCAUCUGGGGCAACUGCAACUGCAGCCACAGCCACACCUCCUCACAAAGGAGCCACCUGCUUUGAGUGCGACAUUACCUUCAACAACAUCAACAAUUUCUAUGCCCACAAGAGACUUUACUGCUCCAGUAGACAUCAAGGAGAAGGUUCGAGCUCAGCUCCAACAGCGCCAAGCACAGCACAUUCCAGUGAGAGUCACAGCUUAUCUCCUCAAGUCGGAGCAUCAAGUAGAGCAGCCUCCGCCUCUCCUGCGGGCUCAGAUCUCCCUACAGGAAGUGGAGCUCCUGACCCCAAGACUGCGGUGGAGGUAAAGACUGAAACUCCAGCGGGGAAAGAGGGCGUGUCAUCCUCCUCUGAAGGAGAAGGUGUAGGUGGAGAAAGAGUGAGUGAAGAUAGCCAGAGCCCUGUCAGCGCUUCUACAGAAGAUCCAGAAGAUGACCCCAACAAAACGUUCUGCGAGGCCUGCAACAUCCGCUUCAGUCGUCACGAGAACUACACUGUUCACAAACGGUUCUACUGUGCAUCUCGUCAUGACCCAACCAACCACAGGUCUGCGCACGCCGCAAAGGCCACUAAUUCUACAACCUUCCUCCCUCAGCCCAUUCGCACGCGCAAGAGGAAGAAGAUGUAUGAGAUCCACAUGGCUCGGACUGAAGCGCUGGCCAAUGCUGCUGCAGCAGCGGCUGCCGCGGCCGCCUCUGCUGCCGCCUCUGCUCCGUCUCCCUCUGUUCUGGGGUUGGCAGUAAAACGAGAAAUGUCCCCAGGUGGUGGUGGGAGUUCCAGUCCUGAAGGAGACGGCCCUAUUGACUUGAGUAAGAGGCCCCGGCUGGGCGAGGCAUCCCGGCACAGCAGUGGUGGCAUCCUGCCGGCACUGCCUCUGUCCGACUACCACAAGUGCACCGCCUGCAGCAUCAGCUUCAACAGCAUUGAGAACUACUUGGCUCACAAAACCUACUACUGUCCAGCCACCACCCUGCAGCCCCACACCCUGGAGCAGCUUCACAGGCUCAAGAGGUCUGCCUCCACCUCUCCUAAAAACAGGCCCCAGGAGCGGCCGGACCUUCUGCACCCUGUAGAGGCCAAAGCUCUGCCGGCCGAGUGGGUCGCACAGGCUCAAGGGGCGUCAUCGAGCCCCCAUCCCUCUGCCUUACCUGCCUCCGGUGCUGCAUCCCCUUCACAUACCAGCACCCCCAUAGCUGCCCCGUCAGGAGCUGGGGCUAAAAGCGCCGGCUCCUCCUUAGUAGUAUGUCCUUACUGUCCGAACCGGGCCAUCACCUGCGACUUGAUGGAGCACUUCAAGACCACCCAUGGGCUCGUCGUCUCAGUUCAGCCUCCAAAGGACACACCCCUUCAGCCGGGCAGUGCUCCCAGCCGCAGCCCUAGCCUCAGCCCCGCGUCCAUGACCCCCACCGGGAAGACAAAAGGCACCCCUCGAGUUCAUAGAGACAGCAUCAACGGACAGGUCAGGAGCGGAACCACUUCUCCAGUCUCCCCCAUGUUGAACGGCAGCCCUUCAGGCGGAGGAAGAUCACCGUCGGCCGGCUCCCCCCUCCCUGUGUCUCCCCUGCGGGCCCCCUCCCUGACUAUAUCACCGGUGCCUGAGGCCCUCAGGGAGAGGGUGGUGUCCCCACACAUUCUUGAGAAGACCACCCCACCUGCAGCCUCCCAUCCCACCCCCGUAACAAAAACCUCAGUGAUCUCACCAAUCCAGAACGGCAACUCGCGUUUCUGUCGGCUCUGCAACAUCAAGUUCAGCAGCCUGUCCACGUUUAUCGCUCACAAGAAAUACUAUUGCUCCUCCCACAGCGCCGAGCACGUCAAAUGAGCCACAAAGGUCCCGCCCCUCAGCUCGUUUUUUUUUUACCUUUCAGUUCAAAAGAGCAGAGCCAGUUCUCCUGCUCUGCCUUCCACUCUACACUGUGCCAGCCUCACCAUGAGAGCGACUGUUACUCACCUGGCAGAACCUGCAGGUGACGUUACAAACUUCCAGAAACCGAUCUCCCCUCCUCCUAUGGGUCAAAGUUUGUUGUUCGCUCAACCCUGAGAGGGAUGCUGCCUCUGCAUCCGUGUCCCUGUCUCGCUGGACCGCUCUGUCGUCAGCAUGGCGAGUCCGGACAUUGAGUACGGCCUCCUCCCCGACCGUUGUCAUGGCGACUCUACAUUUCAGAUCGGAACAGAGGAAUGGUUUCUUUCGUGGAAGAAGAAAACCCUCGAUUGUUGUUGAUGUUUUUAUCAUCUGUGCAUAUUUUGUCUGAGAAGAACUUUGCAAUGCUUUGGUGUGAACACUGGCUCUUCUUGGCUGACGAGACGCUUUUAGCUGAAGAACAGAUACUCAGUAUCACCAUGUUACUAAUUACUGAAGGAUAAUAUUUCAAAAUUGACACUUUUUCUUUUUUCGUACACAGAAAUUUUUAUUUUCUCUUUAAAAAAACAAGGGAGAAAAAAAUGUGAAAUAUUUAUCUUUUAGUCUUUGCUGAUUUCAUGUCAACAGAAAACUACCUACCUAGUGUCAGAGAGUAUUUGUAUUUUUUAUUUGUAUAUUUUUCAUACUGUUAGAAGGACGUGUUUGGAUCGGGGUAUGUUGAAGUGACUUUUCUAAGUGUAGAUAUGUAAUAUCUUCUCACAGUAAUCACACUGAUCUUAUUCACAUUUCUGUUUGUGUCGUUGAUGGUGAUUUCUGAAGGUCCACGCUGCGUUUGUUUCCUCUCAGCAACUCCAUCAGGGAUCCUCUGAUGAUGAAGAACCCAUAAUGAGGAUGAUUGGACAAAUUUUCCACUCAGUACUUCUUUUAUCUUUGUUUGUCUGGACUCUGUCAAGUUCCAAGUUCUCUCAGGAUCUCCCUCUUCUCUUUUGGAAUUCCGAAUAAUCAGAGUACUUGUAUUUGCGACCUGAAUUUUCUCUGUCUUGAAAAAAGGGGAAUACAGCGACACCUAGAGGCAGAAAUUAAGACAGCUAGUUUGUCAAUUUCAGCUUGAUCAGUGGUUUUGUUUGUUCAAGUUAUGUUUGCGCGACACUAAGUUCGUUUAAUGUUCAAAACCCCAAGCUACAAAUUUUUAUUUUAACUACUAUUACAAAUCAACAGGUUGAGGUUCACUUCUUCCAACCGUCACAUUCAUUUUUGGAAAAACAGUGAAUUUAUGGUUGUUUUGGUACAGUUUCUUUCAUCUGUUGAAGUUAACUUCAAAAAAUGUGAACCGUUGCUCUCGGGGGAAGCAUCACAGUUCAGUAGAUUUAAGUUUUCACCACCCCUCCCCCACGUUCACACAGUUUUUAAUAGGGAUUUAUGUCAAAUUCAGGCUGUAGCUCGACUAUCUCACUCCCAAAUAUUAAUAAAGUACAAUUCAGAUUGAAAGAAACAUUGAAAGCUCUGAAGUUAAAAAGUUAUUGAAGUCUCAUCAAUCUUAAACAGUGAGAGGGAAAUCUGUCGCAACAGAAAUUGGACUGCCAUCUAGAGUUUGGUAGUGGUAUUAUAAGGAGAUCCAGAUUCCUGCCCUUUGUUUUUCCAGGAAGCUACUUUUCUAAAACUUUUCUGCCUGAUUUUUGUUUUUUUUGAAACCUUACAAACCAUCUUCCUGAGGAGUGAUGGGCGUCAAAGGGAGCGGGAUUUCUCUGAAUCCUGCUGGAACCCACUUACGUUGCUUUGGGAUAACUUCAGAGCUGCUUAGACAAAUUUCUAAUAAAAGAAUUACUUUUUUUUUUUUUUUUUUGUGCAGAAAAAGUGAAUAAAAAGAUCCCCGAUCUGGGUUGAAUAGGAGUCCCUGAGAACUGAGACCUGUUCUGAAGCACACGCCCCACAGCUGUCUGCGUGUUUUCUGGAUUCUUGCCUUAUUUGUUGUCAAUGACAGGUUUCAGGUGCUGUUGUCCUGCUUCUCUUCUCAAAUCCUGAGAUUCUGUAAAACUGCGUUUAACGAGUUUGACCUGCUGUGAAGUUUUGACAUUUCGCGCCUCGUUUCGGAGGCAAACUGGAUGGAUUGGGACUGAAACCGGAGCGGAGUCUUGUGAAGGUGCCCCCGUUUUGUUGCACUGUGUUGUAAAGAAAAAAGAAAAAAAAAGCUGAAGGUUUGGCUCCUCUUUUGUAUGGUAUUUAUGUUUUGCAGCACUUUUUCCCGCCUGAAUGCGCUCUCCUUGAAGGACUUCCUGAAAGAUUUCACCUCACAGAAUCCUUAUUUUUAUUUUCUAAUAAUGAUUCCGUUGAUGUCUGUAAAAUCACAAUGAAUGUCAACACUUUUAUUUCCGUAACUUUGAUUUGUUCGCAACUCCACUACACUCUUGUCCAAACUAUGCAUGGGAAAUAAAAGAGUUCUGAGAGACACUGA